UUAAAAUGGCGGAUGAUCGUGAACCUCCUGCCCUUUUCGACGAUGAAGCUGAGACGCCAGAGACCAACCCGGACGAGCAAGUUAACGGUAAUCCCUUUAUUGGAGAGACCACGGAAAUUACUCUAGAUGACGAGGAAGCCAAGGCAGACACUGUUCCUGAGGAGAGUGACAAGGGUUCGUCCGAUCUUGCUGCAGGCGGGAGCGAGGAAAAGUCCGAAACUUCUGCGGCGGCUUCCGUGGAUGUCACCAACCUCUCGAAACCGAGCGAGGAUGACAGCGAACCAGCUCCGACAGAAAAACCUGAGGAAAAGGAAGUUGAAGAAGACGAGGAGGAUGACACCUUUGACAUGAAUAUUAAAGUGACAGAUCCUGAAAAGAUCGGUGAUGGCAUGGGUUCUUAUAUGGUUUUCAAAGUGACAACAAUGACAAGUAUGCCGACAUUCAAGAAUUCAGAGACAUCUGUGAAGCGUCGAUUUAGUGAUUUUCUAGGACUCCAUGAUCGAUUAAAUAGCAAAUUUCUUCACCUUGGAAAGAUUGUGCCCCCAGCUCCUGAGAAGUCUGUUGUUGGCAUGACCAGGGUCAAGCUUGGAAAAGGAGAGGAAAGCACCCCAGUUGACUUUAUUUCCAAGAGGAGAGCUGCCUUAGAGAGGUAUCUUAACAGAGUUGCCCGACAUCCAACCUUACGUGAAGAUCCAGAUUUCCGACAAUUUUUGGAAGCUGAUGUGUUACCCAGAGCUAAAGACACUGCAGCGCUCAGUGGAGGUGGUCUGAAACGAUUUGUGAAGUCAGUUGGAGAUACCAUGUUUCAACUUACUACUAAGAUGUCUGAAUCAGACCAGUGGUUUGAAGAGAAGCAACAACAGAUUGAAACUCUUGACCAGCAGUUAAAGAAACUUCAUCUGAGUAUGGAAACACUAGCAUUACAGCGCAAAGAAUUGGGCUCUUGUACUGCAGGUUUUGCUAAGUCUACUGCUAUGCUAAGUAAUGCAGAGGAACAUGCUACAUUAUCACGAGCACUUUCCCAACUAGCUGAAGUUGAAGAGAAGAUUGAGCAGCUUCAUGUGGAGCAGGCGGACAGUGAUUUUUUUGUUUUGGCUGAACUGCUGAAAGAUUACAUUGGUUUGAUUCAAGCAGUCAAGGCAAGCUUUCAAGAGCGUGUCCGAUCUUACAGUAACUGGCAACACGCACAGCAGAUGUUGACAAAGAAAAGAGAAGCCUUGGUCAAGUUGGAACUUGCGUCGAAAAACGAAAAGCUUCCCCAAGCACAAGAGGAAGUGAAAGAGUGGGAACAAAAAGUGGAGAAAGGGGAAGAAGAUUUUGGUAAGAUUUCUAAGGCGAUACAGAAGGAGAUGGCACGAUUUGAGAAAAACCGAGUAAAGGACUUCCGAGAAUCUAUGAUCAAGUACUUGGAAGCUAUGAUGGAAAGCCAACAACAGUUGAUCAAGUACUGGGAAGGUUUCUUACCGGAAGCUAAAGCCAUUGCAUAGACGCCUUUAAAAAUAUCGUAAUUUUUCAAAUACAAUUAAACCUGAGAACAUAGGUGUAUUUUAUUUUAGCACUUAAUUCUUGCAAAAAAUGAAAUCCUUUUUCCUAAAAUAUGACAACGACGUUGUUGACAUCUCAUCAACGUUUAUCAGUCAUUUCGUGGAGAUAUCUUAAUCUUACUUGCAUCUUUGUUAAUUGCGCACUCCGUAGAAAUCGAAGCAGUUAAAUUUGUUGGACAUGAUUUAACGUAAAAAUCGAUUUUGCACAAGGAAUGGGAGCGAUUGCCUCAUAAUGUUUGCAGCGUUCUUCAUACUCAAAAUAUCACUAGAGUAAAAAUGUAGAGUAUAAUUUAAUCAUGCUUAAAGAAAUCGAAGUUAACAUUGUCUAGUUUAUUCACUUAGAAUGAUCAGCUCUAAGAAUCUUGACAGGAUUGAUUUCGAAAUGAAAUUUCAUCCUCAGUGUUUGGUUUCCUUCAUUUUAGAAAAUCAAUGGACGCGCCGAAAGGAACAAUAAAGACAAAGAGAAGCUUUUUUGUAGUUAAACAGUGUCGAUGUCACAAGCUAUAGACACUAUGAAAUAAAGUUAAAUCGUGAGAUGUUUCCAGUUA